AUGGUCCGGCUCCUCUUGGUUUUCUUCCCAAUGAUCUUUUUGGAGAUGCCCAUUUUGCCCAGAAUUUCCGACAGAAAAGUAUUGCUGGUGGGUGCCUCGUCUCAGCGCUCCGUGGCCAGGAUGGACGGAGAUGUCAUCAUUGGAGCCCUCUUCUCGGUCCAUCACCAACCUCCAGCAGAGAAGGUACCCGAAAGGAAGUGUGGGGAGAUUAGAGAACAGUAUGGUAUCCAGAGGGUGGAGGCCAUGUUCCACACGUUGGAUAAGAUCAACGCGGACCCGGUGCUCCUGCCCAACAUCACCCUGGGCAGUGAGAUCCGGGACUCCUGCUGGCACUCUUCCGUGGCCCUGGAACAGAGCAUCGAGUUCAUCAGAGACUCUCUGAUUUCCAUCCGAGAUGAGAAGGAUGGGUUGAACCGCUGCCUGCCUGACGGCCAGACCCUCCCCCCAGGCAGGACUAAGAAACCUAUUGCUGGAGUGAUCGGCCCUGGCUCCAGCUCUGUGGCCAUUCAAGUCCAGAAUCUUCUCCAGCUGUUUGACAUCCCACAGAUCGCCUAUUCUGCCACAAGCAUAGACCUGAGCGACAAAACUUUGUACAAAUACUUCCUAAGGGUGGUCCCUUCUGACACUUUGCAGGCAAGGGCCAUGCUUGACAUAGUCAAGCGUUACAAUUGGACCUAUGUCUCCGCAGUCCACACGGAAGGGAAUUACGGUGAGAGUGGAAUGGACGCUUUCAAAGAACUGGCUGCCCAGGAAGGCCUCUGCAUCGCACACUCAGACAAAAUCUACAGUAAUGCAGGCGAGAAGAGCUUUGACCGGCUCCUGCGCAAGCUCCGGGAGCGACUUCCAAAGGCCAGGGUUGUGGUCUGCUUCUGCGAGGGCAUGACGGUGCGGGGACUUCUGAGUGCCAUGCGACGACUGGGUGUCGUGGGCGAGUUCUCACUCAUUGGAAGUGAUGGAUGGGCAGACAGAGAUGAAGUCAUUGAAGGCUAUGAGGUGGAAGCCAACGGAGGAAUCACGAUAAAGCUGCAGUCUCCAGAGGUCAGGUCGUUUGAUGACUACUUCCUGAAGCUGAGGCUAGACACCAACACAAGGAAUCCCUGGUUCCCCGAGUUCUGGCAACACCGCUUCCAGUGUCGUCUACCUGGACACCUCCUGGAAAACCCCAACUUUAAAAAAAUCUGCACAGGCAAUGAAAGCUUAGAAGAAAACUACGUCCAGGACAGUAAAAUGGGGUUUGUCAUCAAUGCCAUCUACGCCAUGGCGCAUGGGUUGCAGAACAUGCACCAUGCUCUAUGUCCUGGCCAUGUGGGUCUGUGUGAUGCCAUGAAGCCCAUUGAUGGCAGGAAGCUCCUGGAUUUCCUCAUCAAAUCCUCCUUUGUUGGCGUCUCUGGAGAGGAGGUGUGGUUCGAUGAGAAGGGGGACGCUCCUGGGAGGUAUGACAUCAUGAAUCUACAGUACACUGAAGCCAAUCGCUAUGACUAUGUCCAUGUGGGGACCUGGCAUGAAGGCGUGCUGAACAUCGAUGAUUACAAAAUCCAGAUGAACAAAAGCGGGAUGGUCCGCUCUGUGUGCAGUGAGCCCUGCUUAAAGGGUCAGAUUAAGGUCAUUCGGAAAGGAGAAGUGAGCUGCUGCUGGAUUUGCACGGCAUGCAAAGAGAAUGAGUUUGUGCAAGAUGAGUUCACCUGCAGAGCCUGUGACCUGGGGUGGUGGCCCAACGCAGACCUGACAGGCUGUGAGCCCAUUCCUGUCCGUUACCUCGAGUGGAGUGAUAUCGAAUCUAUCAUAGCCAUCGCCUUUUCUUGCCUGGGCAUUCUCGUGACUCUGUUUGUCACCCUCAUCUUUGUGCUGUACCGGGACACACCUGUGGUCAAGUCCUCCAGCAGAGAGCUCUGCUAUAUCAUUCUGGCUGGCAUCUUCCUCGGCUAUGUGUGCCCUUUCACCCUUAUUGCCAAACCUACCACCACAUCCUGCUACCUCCAGCGCCUCCUGGUCGGCCUCUCUUCAGCCAUGUGCUACUCUGCUUUAGUGACCAAAACCAAUCGCAUUGCACGCAUCUUGGCCGGCAGCAAGAAGAAAAUCUGUACCCGGAAGCCUCGGUUCAUGAGUGCUUGGGCCCAGGUGAUCAUUGCUUCCAUCCUGAUUAGUGUCCAGCUGACCCUAGUGGUGACCUUGAUCAUCAUGGAGCCUCCCAUGCCCAUUUUGUCCUACCCGAGUAUCAAGGAAGUCUACCUUAUCUGCAAUACCAGCAACCUGGGUGUAGUGGCCCCGGUGGGCUACAAUGGACUCCUAAUCAUGAGCUGUACCUACUAUGCCUUCAAGACCCGCAACGUGCCCGCCAACUUCAACGAGGCUAAAUACAUUGCCUUCACCAUGUACACUACCUGCAUCAUCUGGCUGGCUUUCGUGCCCAUUUACUUUGGGAGCAACUACAAGAUCAUCACAACUUGCUUCGCAGUGAGCCUCAGUGUGACGGUGGCCCUGGGGUGCAUGUUCACUCCCAAGAUGUACAUCAUUAUUGCCAAGCCUGAGAGGAAUGUCCGCAGUGCCUUCACCACCUCUGAUGUAGUACGCAUGCACGUUGGUGAUGGCAAGCUGCCGUGCCGCUCCAACACCUUCCUCAACAUUUUCCGGAGAAAGAAGCCAGGGGCAGGAAAUGCCAAUUCUAACGGCAAGUCUGUGUCAUGGUCUGAACCAGGUGGAAGACAGGCGCCUAAGGGACAGCAUGUGUGGCAGCGCCUCUCUGUGCACGUGAAGACCAACGAGACGGCCUGCAACCAAACGGCCGUGAUCAAACCCCUCACUAAAAGUUACCAAGGCUCUGGCAAGAGCCUGACCUUUUCAGAUGCCAGCACCAAGACCCUUUACAAUGUGGAGGAAGAGGAAAACACCCCUUCGACUCGCUACAGCCCUCCCAGCAGCCCUUCCAUGGUAGUGCACCGACGCGGGCCACCUGUGGCCACCACUCCGCCUCUGCCGCCCCACCUAACCGCAGAGGAGACACCCCUGUUCCUGGCUGAUCCUGUCAUCCCCAAGGGCUUGCCUCCACCUGUUCCACAGCAGCAACAACAGCCGCCGCCCCCUCAGCAACCCCCGCAGCAGCCCAAAUCCCUGAUGGACCAGCUGCAAGGCGUGGUCACCAACUUUGGCUCGGGGAUCCCGGACUUCCACGCGGUGCUGGCAGGCCCGGGGACACCGGGGAACGGGCUGCGUUCGCUGUACCCGCCUCCACCUCCCCCGCAACACCUGCAGAUGCUGCCUCUGCAGUUGAGCACCUUCCGAGAGGAACCCAUCUCCCCUCCCGGGGACGACGAUGAUGAUGACAGUGAGCGGUUCAAGCUCCUGCAGGAGUUCGUGUAUGAACGCGAAGGGAACACGGAGGAAGACGAACUGGAAGAGGAGGAGGACGUGCCUGCAGCCAGUAAGCUAACCCCGGAGGAUUCACCUGCCCUGACGCCUCCUUCUCCUUUCCGAGACUCGGUGGCCUCUGGCAGUUCCGUGCCCAGCUCCCCGGUGUCUGAGUCAGUGCUCUGCACCCCUCCAAAUGUGUCCUACGCCUCUGUCAUCCUGAGGGACUACAAGCAAAGCUCUUCCACCCUGUAG